AAUCUAAAAACCCUAAACGCCUUUUCGAUAUAACCAGGACUCUUCAUCUUCUUCGCGCCCGUCUGCUUCCUCAUCUUCGUCGUCACCGCCAAAUUGAACCUGGAUAAUGGCGGAAGCUUACCCGCCGGAGAUUCGCUGCGUGUUUGUGGAGACCGACCUUGACACUAAUCUCGCGGUUCUCGUUAACAUCCAUGAAACCAUCUCCGAUUUCAAAAAGAAACUAUGUAAGCAGCAUGAACAAUGUCAUCCAAAAGUUGGAGAAAUCAAUAUUUCUGCUGUUAAGGUUAAACGUCGAAAUCGCUUCUACCGCUUGCCAGAUUGUAUGAUUUUGAGUAAAGCUUUUGAAGGAAUCAAUAGAAGCUGGUACAUGUAUGUUGAUGCCACCUUAACUGUUGACAAGGGUGAGCUGCUUACUAUAAUGGAUGCCGACCAAAAUUGCUCAAACCACGAGUUGGUCGAGAAAAAGAAGGAGAUUGCAGAAGAUUCUGUACUUUUAGAUGGGUAUCCAAAGAGUCUGACUCUUGAAGAAGAUUUUGAAACUGAAGUAGUUGAGAAGACAUCAAAGAAGAGAAAGCUGAAGAGUUUGGAUGGGGAGAAAAGUCGAAAGAAACCCUCAGUUGAUCUCAAUCAAUCCGUUGCUGCUGCUUCGACUGCUCUAAGAUGUGAUGUUGAUGGGAGUCAUGAGUUAGGUGGAGAAGUUCAGGUUGACGUUGUUGCUUCUGAAUCUUGUGCAGUUUUACCAAGAGAAACACUAGAUGAUGUUCUUACGGGAGCAAAUAGAAAAGAAAAUGAGAGAGAUAAAAUUGAAGCUGAUAAUCUGGCGAACCACGCGGAAAAUCAUUUGGACGCUAGCAGCGGGUUGACAACCAGACCAGAUACAGAAAAGGAGAAGGAUGCCGGCCAAAAUUGUUCCAACCAUGAGCUGUUUGAGAAAGAGAAGGAGAUUGUAAAUGACUCUUUACGUUUAGAUGGGUGUACAAUGAAUCUGACUCUGGAGAAAGGUGUUGAAACUGAAGUAUCUGAGAAGACAACUAAGAAGAGGAAACUGAAAAGUAUGGGUGGAAACAAAAGCCAGAAGAAACCCUCAACUGAUCUUAAUCAGCUUGCUGCUGCUACAGCUGCUUCAAGACUUGAUGUUGAUGAGAGUCAUGACUUAGGUGGAAAAGUUCAGGUUGGAGUUGUUGCUUCUGAAUCUUCACCGGGAGAAAAGCUAGUUGAUACUCUUAUGGGAGCAAUAGGAAAAGAAAAUGAGAUGGGUGAGAAAUCUACCGAAGGUGUGGGAAGAGAUACAGUUGAAACUGUUAAUAUAGCAAGCGACCGUGCAAAUCCUUUGGACGUUUCCAAUCUACAGAAAGAGAAGAAAAAAAGGCGAAAGAAGAGCUCAAAAGAUGACAUCAAUCAAUCUUCUUCUGUUGCUACUACAACUUCAAGAGAUACUGUGAAUGAGAUAAACGGAGUUCCUGGAACUGUAGAUCGUGUUGAUGCUACUUCCGAAUCUCUUCCAAUCUCAAGUAGAGGAAAUCUCGGCAAUCCUUCUGCAGAAGCAAGACAGGAAGAAAAUAAGAUGGUUGAGAAAUCUGUCGAAGAUGUGAGAAGAGAUAACAAUGAAGCUGAUAAUCUAGCGAGCCACCCGGAAAAUUAUCUGGACGCUAACAGUGGGUUGACAACCAGAACAGAUACAGAGAAGAAAAAGAGGCGAAAGAAGAGCUCAAAAGAUGACAUCAAUCAAUCUUCUGUUGCUACUACAAUUUCAGGGGAUAUUGUGAAUGAGAUAAAUAAAGUUCCUGGAAAUGUAGACCGUGUUGAUGCCACUUCUGAAUCUCUUCCAAUCUCUAGAAACGGAAAUCUUGGGAAUCCUUUUCCAGAAGCAAGACAGAAAGCAAAUGAGAUGGUUGAGAAAACUGUCGAAGAUGUGAGAAGAGAUAAUAUUGGAACUGAUAAUCUAGCGACGGCAAAUCAUGUGGACGCUAACAGUGGAUUGACAACCAGAACAGAUACAGAGAAGAAAAAGAGGCGAAAGAAGAGCUCAAAAGAUGAUAUCAAUAUUGCUGCUCCUACAACUUCAGGAAAUAUUGUGAAUGAGAGAAACGGAGUUCCUGAAAAUGUAGAUCAUGUUGAUGCUACUUUUGAAUCUCUUCCGAUCUCAAGAAGUGGAAAACUUGGCGAUCCUUUUGCAGAAGCAAACCAGAAAGAAAUUGAGAUGGGUGAGAAGAUUGAUGAAAAUGUGGGAAGCGGUAAUGCUAUACCAAGUGCUGCAGAAACUAUACAGACCAAUAAUGUUGACAUAGAUGCUGGUGAGACUAAAUCUGUGAAGUCUACUAAGAAGAAAAAGUCCAAAAAAGCCAAGACCCUUUCUAAAGAAGAUACUACGGUCGCUUCUGGUGAAAAUGUUGAACCUGUCGAAGUUGUAGAUGAAGAGCCUGAUAAUGUUAUCAGAAAUGUAUUAGAUUCUUUGCAAGAAACGAACGACACUGAGGAAAAUCUGGGCAAAAUUGAGAAGAAAUCAAGCAAGAAAUCGAAGAAGAAACACUCUUUGAAGGUUGUGGAUUCCAAAGACAAUGCUUCUCUGGAGAAGACUCCUCCCAACAACAACCCGGAAGACACAGAUGCAUUUCUCACGCCAGCUAGGAAAGAUACCGAGAGCGAUGUUGCAUUGAAACAGAGUACUGUGGCUGCCGAUAAUACCGAGAGUAGUAGCUCUCCAGCAUGUUCGAAAGAGAAGGCUGAUAUAGGAGACAAUUUUGAUUCUAGCCAAAAGGACGAUACUGUUGGUGGGGGUAAGAAGCAAGAAGACCAAGUGACUAAUGGAGCUAAAUCUAAAAAGGAGAAGAAGAGGCUUAAUUUGCAUCCAGACGGUUCCAUUGAUGGCUCAUUGAGCUCAAUGAAACCGAAAGAGAAAAAAGGUAGAGUCCAACCAGCUAGUUCAGGUACUAGUCAGUUGCAUUCAAGGGUUAAGAAUGAUCGCAGUGGAUCCGUGAAAGUCGAUGUCAACAGCAAGAAGGAAGCUGUGAAGAAAAGCUCCGAAUCACUCACAGUUAAGACGAACUUCUUCAAGGAUGCUGAGUUGUGUAAUUCGUCAGACGAUGAGUUAAAAACUUCAGAUGUCUCAGCGAAAACACCUUUUAAAACUUCAGAUGUCUCCACCAAAACACCUUCGGAUAUGUCAUCAGACGAUGACAGUGAUGUGACUUCUAUGUCUAGAAAGCAAGGAAACAAUCUGUCUGGAGGAACAAACAGAUUCUCAGGGAGCCUACAAGAUAUCCUGAGAAGAUCAAGCAGUUACAAGAAAGCUUUACUGAGAGCUUCUCAGUCGCAACCAGAUAUAUCCGACGAUGAAGGCCUUGCGGUAGAUUGUGUCCCAGAUAGCCAAGCCGUCUAAAGCUUUAUCGAUGAUCCUUCUUGGUUCAAUGUUGACAGAAACCUGAAAAAAAAAUGGGUGAAAUCUUUGUCAAAAUCACGGUUUUUGCUUCUUCUCUGACAUUUUAUGUUGAUCAGCAUAAGAGUUAUACGGUUGCAACAACUAAAAUGUUAAAUCUUUAAAAUUUAAAUCGUGCGAACCUUGACAUCUUUUUGAAUGUAUCGAAAGAAAAGCAUAGUGUAAUUCACUU